CGCUCCUUCAACAACUUCAUAUUUGUGUCUGUUGCAGGUGUUAAGUGGUUGCGAUGGAUCUAAAAUCGGGAAUUUAUCUUGUCGCGCCAAAUAUAAAAAAUGUUAGCUGUGAGCACGAACGUUACACUCAUCCACUUUACUACUAUAUCGGUCCAUUAGAUGUUAUACAAGCCUUAAUUAUAUUCUUGCUAACGAUAGGAAUUAUCGGAGCUAAUUUCAUGCUAAUUGUUGUAAUAAAUCAUCGCCGUUAUUCGCCGUAUAUCGAUCCACAGCCGCGUUAUCUAUUGACAUCAUUAGCAUUAAAUGACUUUGCGAUCGGAAUAUUAAUCACACCGUUGGGUAUUUUACCCGCACUUUUUCACUGUUGGCCUUUUGGUGAAAUAUUCUGUCAAAUACAGGCGUUGCUUCGUGGAGCACUAUGUCAACAAAGUACAGUUAUUUUAAUAUGUAUGGCUGUUGACCGAUAUAUGUGCGCUUUGCAUCAAGAAAAAUAUCAAAUGCAUUCGAGUAAAAAGGGCUGUGUGGCACUCUUAAGUCUAACGUGGACUUUAUGCUUAACCGUUUUUGGAUUUUUAGUACUACCCAAAGGAUAUUACUUUAACGAGACUGGCCUCCUGAUAUGUGAACCAUUCUACAGCAAACCAUCAUAUCGAAUAUUGGCCACUUGCUCAUUGUAUUUCCCAACCACAAUGAUUCUCAUGUACUGCUAUGGAUCGAGUUUUCAUGCGAGUCGUCUUCGAUUAGUUAUUGCCACACCUUCGGUGAUGAUGCAGCAAACCCGAUCGAUUGUGGCAUCGCAAACGGCAACCGUUACACGUCCCAUUGCGGUUGGAGGAAAUUUACCAUCACCAACUGAAAAGAAUGUGGAUCUGCAAGAGAGACGACUAAGUGGCUCUGUGUCACGUACAAUGGCAGCCAUGUCAUUGGGAUUUAUAGUGAUGGUGACACCUUGGAGCAUACAGGAAGUAGUUGCUGCAUGCACUGGAUCAAAGCUGCCGCCGUUUCUGGAAUUUUUAGUUACGUGGACUGCAAUAAGCAAUAGCUUUUGGAAUCCAUUUUUGUAUUGGCUUUUGAAUGCGCAUUUUAGACGAUUAGCCAAGGAACUGUUAUUAAGGUGUUUUAUUCGCAAUGAUAAUACAUCCGAGCAAAAAUUACGAUGUUGUAGUGUUAGUUCUGAGUGCAAUUUAAAUAGUUUGACAAUUUCUCCACCGGGACCACCAUCUCGACCAGUGUCAUCACUAAUACCGCCUCAAACCGACUACGACACACUCUCCGAAAAGUAUUGGGGUGAAAUUCUAGAACGAACGGUCAGCUCGAGUAGUUUACAAACAUUACGCUCAUUCACAAUAUUAUAUGUGCGUUGUUGUGUUCUGUUUAUCGUGUUUAUUCUAUUUAAUAUAUAUGUGAAUGAGCAUCCGCUAUUAUCAUCGACAUUAUCAACGCAACGGACACAAAAGCAAGUCACUUCAAAUGGCCUUCAGCAUCAGUUGCACUGUUUAAAAACUAGCGUUAUUGAUUUAAAUUAUCAUCCACCGAUGCAAACAACAAACACAUCAAUUAAACAAAUCCAUUUUAAUCAAUCGCAUCCUGUAAGAUAUGAAGCCAAUACGACGACGACGACAAAUUUAGCGAGCUUUUCGACAUCCGAACCACAUCUCUGUAACCAAUUUGUACACGACGUCAAUUGUGCAAAGAAUACAAAUACUUAUUUAAAUCAAGCAAUUAACGGAAAAUCGGAUAUUUGAAGUGCCUUUUUAUAACAAAAAAAAAUGGCACAAAAAAAUUGCAUUUGUAUCGUGUAAACAUAGGUACUAAGUACAUCAAAGAAAGCGUGGUCAACUUCAGUGUACAAUUUCAGGGGCCCUUUAAAAAGACAAAAAAAAAUUGUUUUUCAAUAAAUGAUCUCCAGCUGAUUUUUGA